AUGACAGCAUCUUCUCAAUCCUAUACGAUGGCUGGCGGUAACGGUCAACACAGCUACAUCCAUAAUUCUUCAUACCAAAAAGCAGCUAUCGAUGGCGCUGAAGAAAAGACAACGCAAUGCAUCCUAGAAAAACUCAAUCUCCAACUGAAUUCUGAUCUUGGUACUUUCAGAAUUGCGGAUUUUGGUUGUUCUAAUGGACCUAACACGUUUCAUGCUGUUCAAACUAUCAUUGAUACGGUGAAAUGCAAACAACUGAAGGAAAACAACAACGAAGUUAGCCUCAUGCCUCUCGAGUUCCAAGUUUUCUUCAACGAUCAAACCAACAAUGACUUCAACACACUCUUUAAAACCCAACCGAUAGAGUGUGGAUAUUUCUCAGUCGGAGUUCCAGGCUCCUUCCAUGGCCGAGUAUUUCCAAGAAACAUCAUCCACAUCGGACACACUUCCUACACGACUCACUGGCUUUCCAAAGUUCCUGAAAACGUGUGCGACAAGAAAUCUUUGGCUUGGAACAAUAACUACAUUCAUUGUAAUCAUUCUUUGGAAGAAGUAACCAAAGCUUACAAAGUCCAGUUCGUAAAAGACAUGAGGGUUUUUCUUGAAGCCAGAGCCGAAGAGAUUGUUCAUGGAGGGUUGAUGAUUGUUUUAGGACAAUGUUUGGCCGAUGGUGUCACCAUGUCUGAGACAUGGCAGGGUAUUGUGUUGGAUAUGAUCGGUGAUUGUCUUAUGGAUAUGGCCAAAUCGGGAGUAACAAGCGAGGAAAAGAUAGAGUUGUUAAACUUGCCCGUGUAUUUUCCUCAGUUUAGCGAAUUGAAGAGAGAGAUUGAGCAAAAUAAAAGUUUUAUGAUUGAGACGAUGGAGGCUAUAAGUCAUCCAUUGGAAGAUACUGAAAUAUUAACCAGCAACUUUAUUAUUUCCAUGUUUAGAGCCAUUCUCAGUACGAUCAUCAAAGAACAUUUCGGAGAAGGUGUGGUCACUGAUCUAUUCGAUCGUUUUGCUAAGAAACUCGCCAAGUUCCCAAUUGAUUUUAUAGAGUGUGAGAAACAUGUAAACUAUUUUGUAUUGCUUAAACGAAAAUGA